UGCCACAUCGAAAAGGAAAAGCAUUUCUGUGAAUAUAAUUAUAGUUCUUUAAUUGAAACGAAAAAAGCCAAUCCGUGUAAAACAAAAGUUUCUUUUGUUUUAAGUGAGUUGUGUUCUAGCUACCUACCUGCCUAUCGUAAAAGUGUCACAAUACAAUAGUGAUGGAUGCCCCUGGCCCCGAAGUGAAUUCGAUAAAAACGGAAGAAUCAGCGGAAAUCAAAGUGGAAGAAGCUUCAUUCUCCGGAAGCCAUGAAGGGGAAGCUGAUUUAGCGACCGGUGAAACCGAAGAGUGCUUCGAUGAGCUGAGCGACAUGGCCGCCGCUUUGCCACCCGGUGCCGGUGACAUAAAGCCAGAACCUACUUCGGAACUGGAUACCAGUGACGGUGAUACCGGUGCCUGCGGUGUGGAGAUUCCUACGGACGAUGGAGAACAGCAUGCAGCCUCCAGUUCGAGCGGCGUAGACCCCGGCCUAUUGGACAGAAACCAUGCCACUGAUCAGCGGCGAAAGCACGCGUGCGGCAUUUGCGACAAAAAACUCACCAAAAAACAUUUACUCGUGGCUCACAUGAGAAUGCACACCGGUGAACGUCCCUUUGUGUGUGAUAUAUGCGGUAGGAAUUUUGCCAGAAGUAGCACCCUACGGGUGCAUAAAGUAACAAUCCACAAGCUGGAAGAUGUCUUCGAGCUGGAAGAAGACGAUCACAGACAUAUUCUUACGUCCGUUUUGGAAACUAACGGUCCUGCUGCUGGUCAGGAGGAGCGGAAGCACGCCUGUGCUGUCUGCGACAGGCGAUUCACGCUGAAACUUUCCCUCAUCAGGCACGAGCGAAAGCACACCGGUGAACGGCGGUUCAAAUGUGACAUAUGCGGCUUAACCAUUAGCUCAACCAGCAAUCUUAACGCCCAUAAAUCGAUAGUACACGGCAAGGAUCGCCCGUACCGGUGCGAGAUUUGCGGCCAAGGUUUCCUGUUCCGGUGUCGCCUGGUGCGCCAUAUGAACUUUCACAGCAACGAGCGACCGUACAAGUGCGACAUCUGCGUUCUGGCGUACAAGUCGGUCGGCAAUCUGCGAACGCACAUGAAGCUGCACACGUCGGUCGAAUCGAGCCCGUUCCGGUGCGACCGGUGUGGGGCACGCGCCGGCGACGUAUUUGAGAUAAACCGUGCUGAAGACUACCAGCAGAAGCACACUUGCGAGAAAUGCGGUAAAACUGCAAGCUCUAGCGCACAUCUUAAAAGACAUACAUGUGGAAAACCUCACAAAUGUGUAGAGUGCGAUCGGCGUUUUACAAAUGUUGAAAUCAAACACGUGGUUCACUUCAUUGAACAGCCGACAACACAAAUGCAAAGGAUUAUUCUGGCCGUAUUGAGUGCGAUGAGCCGGGGUCCAGAGGAGAACUCGAUUUCGGAGAAUCCGACGGGGUACAUUCAAGUUAAUUUCUUCCAACAGGUUACUGCAGUCAAUUAUUCCCAUCAACAGGUCAAAGAUUAUUAG